CGGCGGCAGCUCAACGCUGACGGGCUGGGCCGGGCAGCUGCGGCGGCGACGGUGGCGGCGACGACGACGGAGGCUGCUGCAGAGGCCACUGAGGCGCUGACUGGGUGGCCGGCGGGUCGUCGUGGCCUCCAGCAGCCUCCUCGCGCGGCCCCUCACUCCCUGGGCAGCGGCGGGCGGCAGCGCUCAGCCUGCCAGUGAGCUGAGGCGGGCACACCCUGGAGCGGCGGCCACUGUGGACAGGUUAGAGUGGGGGCAGGGGCGGGCGCGGGAGCAGCCCGGGGCCAGAGACGGAGCUCAAGCCAGGCCAUCUCCAACCAUGUCCGACGAGACGUCGGCCACCACUUCCUACGAGAAGUUUCUAACCCCCGAGGAACCCUUCCCGCUCCUGGGACCCCCUCGCGGAGUGGGCACCUGCCCGAGCGAGGAGCCGGGCUGCCUGGACAUCAGCGACUUUGGCUGCCAGCUGUCCUCCUGCCAUCGCACUGACCCACUCCACCGCUUCCACACCAACAGGUGGAACCUAACUUCUUGUGGAACAAGUGUUGCCAGCUCAGAAUGCAGUGAGGAACUGUUUUCAUCCGUUUCUGUUGGAGAUCAAGAUGAUUGCUAUUCUCUGUUAGAUGAUCAAGACUUCACUUCUUUUGAUUUGUUCCCUGAGGGGAGUGUCUGCAGUGAUGUCUCUUCUUCUAUUAGCACUUACUGGGAUUGGUCAGAUAGCGAGUUUGAAUGGCAGUUACCAGGCAGUGACAUUGCCAGUGGGAGUGAUGUACUUUCUGAUGUCAUACCCAGUAUUCCAAGUUCACCUUGCCUGCUUCCUAAAAAGAAAAACAAGCACCGGAAUUUAGAUGAGCUUCCUUGGAGUGCAAUGACAAAUGAUGAGCAGGUGGAAUAUAUUGAGUAUCUGAGUCGGAAAGUCAGUACUGAGAUGGGUCUUCGGGAGCAACUUGAUAUUAUUAAGAUCAUUGAUCCUUCUGCUCAAAUCUCCCCUACAGACAGUGAGUUUAUUAUUGAACUUAACUGUCUCACAGAUGAAAAACUGAAGCAGGUCAGAAACUAUAUCAAGGAGCAUAGCCCUCGCCAACGGCCUACAAGAGAGGCCUGGAAGAGAAGCAACUUUAGUUGUGCAAGCACCAGUGGAGUGAGCGGUGCCAGCGCCAGCAGCAGCAGUGCCAGCAUGAAGCGAUCCAAGCAGAGGAAGUUACAGCAGAAGGCCUUCCGCAAGAGGCAGCUGAAAGAGCAGAGACAGGCCCGGAAGGAGAGACUCAGCGGGCUCUUCCUUAAUGAAGAGGUGCUGUCCUUGAAAGUGACUGAGGAAGACCAUGAAGCAGAUGUUGAUGUUUUGAUGUAAUAAGGGUGAAUUUAUCAGCAUUCUUUCUGAGCAUUAAAGUAUUCUAUCCUUAUUGGUUUACAUGCAUCUUGACCAAAAUUUUGGUUAGGGCUGUGCUGAUGUACCAUAAAUAAUUUAGGCUAGUGGUUCUCAGCGGGUGGUUCAGGGACCUGCCGCUUCAUCAUUACCUGAGUUGUCCAGAAUACAUACAUACUACUGGGCCCCACCCCCAGACCUAGUGAAACAGAAACCAGAGGGGAGGGGCUCAGCGUUGUGUUUUAACUAGUGCCAGAUUAUUCUGAUGCACAUUCUAGUUUAAAAACCACUGACUUGGGUAAAUGUUUUGACUAUUUAAACAUUGUGGUGGUUAAGUGAGCUUUUUCAAAGACUAGUACUUUCACAGUUUUGAAGAUUUCAAAGUACUGCUGUCAAGUAGUUUAUUAUGUCAGUAUAUGUAAUGUGUGAAGAUCAUAAUUCAGUUCCCUUCUUAAUGUUACAGUUUCUUAGUUUACUUUUUCUAAAGGGCCAUAGCAUAAUUCCUGAUUCCUGGUGGAAAUCUUUUUUGAGGUGUGGGUGUGGGCAAGGUGUGGAUUGCUGUUUACAAUAGUGCCUUCAUUAGGUUUAGUUCUAUUUUCAUUCAUUAUUAACUCAAAGGUAUAAGAACAGGCCCUAAUCUUUUUCCUGUUAGAUUUAUUUUUUGUUUUUCACUUUAUGUAAAUGCAUUAUCCUCUCUGUAAGUGAUGACUACUGAGGAAGUAAUGUUACUAAUAUCUGAAUUUUAGACUUGAUGCUAUGUUGAUUAUUAUUCAAAUUGAGAAAGCAAUUAGGCAAAAGAACCAGUUAUACUUUUCCAUUGCUUUCUGAAAUUUUAGGCUGUAGAAUUGUCUCAGAGGCAGAAAAUAAGUCUCUCUAUAGCUCUUUCAAGUCCUUUUUGUAGGUCUUUUUAUUUUUCAGCACAGCUCUAAUUUUCAAAUAUUUGGUAUAACAGCUUCUGGCAUGUGACCUAGUUAAUGUUCAAAAUUACCUGAUGAAGACCCUUAUAGUUCCGCUAAACUUCUCUAUAAAUUACUAGACAUAUACAGAGCAGUAAAGAUAUAGAAACCUUAGCUUGUUGGUUAUUAAUAGAACCCUAAUUUUAAAUGUGAAAUCAUGGAAUUUCUUUAAAUGUUUUCAUAGAGAGUUUGUUAUGAACAUUGGGAAUAGCCUGAUUCCUUUUCUUCUACCACAUGUCUUGAACAUUCACAUGGGUUAAAGAAGAUGGAAACUGAUACUACUGACAAUCAAGCUGCUUGCUGACUUUCAUAAUUUUCUUUUUAUUGUGGGUGACAUUUGGGAGGUAAUCAUGAUUCUGUAGAAAGAGUUUUAAUCAAUAUUUUUUGAACUCUAGAGUCCAGAGGUUAAUGGGAUUUCUACUUUUUACUUUUUGUUUAUAUCUAGUAGCUUGUUAAGAAAAUGAUUAAUGACUUAAAUUCUUAAUUCUCAGUUGAUAUGAAGGCUUAAAUUUUGCUUACAAUCAUGUGUUUUAAAUUUUUUAUUUCAUUUUGGUUCCUUGAAUAUUAAAAAAUGAAAACAAGGCCGGGCGCGGUGGCU